AUGGAAAAGGUUUGGCGUCGAGUUGGUCUCCAUUCCUCCCGCAAGAAGAGGGAUGGAAGCGGGACUAGCACUAGCAAGGAAGUGACGCCAGCUCCCGCUCCACAACCACAGGAGGCCGAGUACCAGAAUAUACACACAUUGAGAACAGCUGACUUGAUAAGACAAAGGCAAGGCGAAGAGAAGUCCACACUCCGUUCAUCAUACAUUAUCAGGAACGGGGAUAACUUUAUUUUGGUUGAAAGGAGACGUCGUAGGCGUCGCAGAAGCGGCACUCGGGCUUCAUCUGGCAGUAGACAUCACACUCCCCCCGUUGAAGAGAACACUCGAACCGAGCAGAAGAGGCGUCCCCCGGCUAGAUUGAAGAUAUUCGGCAUACAAUGGCCGUUGCAUUCCAGCGACUCUAGGCACACAUCGAUAACUCGUCGAUUCUGCCGUGGAAGACGUUCCCGCGAGGACAACGAGCUAUACAGGUCUAAUAGCUUCAAGUUCGAGAGAUUCACCAGGGAACCACCGGCUGAUGAAUUUGCUUCAGGCUCACAGUUCAAACAAUGGACCCUUAGCGUCAUCUGA